GGCGUGCGGGGUGGCGUGGAUGGUCUGCUAGCGUGCGCUGCGUUCCUCGACCGUCCGUUCUCCGGGACCGUUUCGUGCCAGCGGAGGCGGUGAGGGGUCGCCGUCGGUGCUUCAGCCCCUCUCUCUCUCUCUCCCCUUUGGGGUCUCGCUCGGGGCAGCGUCUGAAAGGGCUCCGCGCCCAGGUACCAGCUACUGACCAUGUCAUCAGACGGUCCGGAUUCUCACAUUACAGAGCAUAAACCUUUAGUAGACAAAGAAGAGGCGAUCACCCGUCUCCUGCCUGAUGUUUAUGAUGAGAUCCAAGAACAAGAUGUUGAGACAAUCCAUGGGUCAGUCCAUGUCACCAUGUGUGGAACUCGCCGGGGAAACAGACCUGCUAUUCUAACCUACCAUGACAUUGGGUUGAAUCACAAGACGUGUUUUAAUCCGCUCUUCAAUUUUGAGGACAUGCAGGAAAUCACACAGCACUUUGCAGUCUGCCAUGUGGAUGCCCCCGGACAGCAAGAUGGAGCAGCAUCUUUUCCACCUGGGUACAUGUAUCCUUCCAUGGAUCAACUAUCUGAGAUGCUCCCUGGAGUUCUAAAGCAAUUUGGACUGAAAAGUGUGAUAGGAAUGGGAACUGGAGCCGGGGCCUACAUUUUAACCCGAUUUGCUCUUAACUAUCCUGAUAUGGUGGAAGGACUCGUCCUUAUCAACGUCAAUCCAUGCGCCGAAGGGUGGAUGGACUGGGCCGCAACUAAGAUUUCUGGAUGGGCUCAUGCUUUACCAGAUAUGGUCAUUUCACAUCUUUUUGGCAAGGAAGAGAUUCACAGCAACCACGAUUUGAUCCAUACUUACCGCCAGCACAUCCUCAGUGACAUGAAUCAAAACAAUCUCCACCUGUUUGUCAACUCUUACAACAGUCGAAGAGAUCUAGACAUUGAACGUCCGGUUCCAGGAGUAAAUGUUGUUACUCUACAGUGUCCUGCUCUGUUGGUGGUUGGAGACAGCUCUCCUGCAGUUGAUGCUGUGGUGGACUGCAAUGCUAAACUUGACCCAACAAGGACGACCCUUCUAAAGAUGGCUGACUGUGGUGGUCUUCCUCAGGUUUCCCAGCCUGCCAAGCUCGCAGAAGCUUUCAAGUACUUCAUACAGGGAAUGGGAUACAUGCCUUCCGCAAGCAUGACCAGACUAAUGAGAUCCCGCACAGCUUCUGGUUCCAGUGUCACAUCUCUCGAAGGGAACAGGAGCCGAGCCCACACUGGGGAAGGUGUCCGGAGUCGGUCUCACACAGGCGAGGGAGCCAGAAGCAGGGCCCAAACCGGGGAAGGUGCCCGGAAUCGUCCUCCCGCAGACAUUGAGCUGACUCCUAAUUCUGCCAAGAACAGUGGACAGUCGAGCCCCAAGUCAAUGGAAGUGUCCUGUUAAAUGAGACAGGCCUAAGUCCAAAUCAAGAUCAAGCAGCCUUGUGCUGUGCAUUGCAAUAUUUAACCUAAGGUGUUCCACAUAACACACGACUCUCUGCCCCCCCCAAAAGUCCAUAGGGACCAAUAAAAACAGACAUCUCAGAUGCUCCCUUUCCCUAAUCCAGUUGGCUGUUCUGCUUUCCAAGUAGUUCUAGAUGGCUUCAACACUCAUCCAGUUAUUAAUCUAAUAUUUUUCUAAGAUCCAAGAUUGCAAUCUGUACUGUCACAUAGUGGUGGUGGGGGAUGUCUUUCUCAGAAACCAACUGAUCAAAGCCCACGUGUUAUCUCCUUACUCUCCUUUUACCCAGUUUUAAGAACAGGGCAGUAUUUUUCCAAUCUGAUUUUAAGGCCUCACUGUGGAAGGGGAGGUGGGAAAGAAAGGAAGAAAGAAAGAAAAAACCCACACAAUGGGAGGUUUUCAAAAACACUUCAGCCUCAGCUCUGACUGUACUUACUCUUCAAAGGCAUUUGGGUGACUGGCCUCAGGGAUAGCAUCCAAGCUCUUAAUUUGCUAUUCAAGGGCAUCAUUAAAAACAGGGAAUUUGACACAACUUAGAAGCAAAGCCCAUUGAAAUCUCUUUCAUGCAAAUCUGAGAACUUAGGCAACAGUAAUUAGCAGAGUGGUUCUUUUUAGGGUAAUUGAACCAGUUCGGAGUUGCAAGUUUUCCUGCUGGAUGUCUCCCCCCACCCCACACCUUCCCAAUAUUUGCUUACAGAGAGUUUGGGGCAGAAGUAACUUAAGACAGUGGAAAUGGUGUAUAUUGAUUACAAAGAACUAUCCGAUCAACCUCUAUCUUGGUCAAGCUCUUAAGGAUUUAGAAUUAGAAUUGGUGCUGGAGAAAUGUGCUCCACAAAUGUCGGAGGAGCAGGCAAGGCUCUAAUGGAGAUUUAGUUUGAUGAUUGUAAAAGUAGGGAGAUUACAUUGAUUCUACAAUUUAAAAGCUACUUUGCUGAUUUUGCAAAGCUGUACUGUGGGAAGCUGUGGGCUAGACAGCUCAACAGGUUUCUAGCAUAGAUGGGAAUUCUAGUUUUUAUAGAGAGAGAAUUAUAUCUAUUUUUCCACUGGCUUGAUCUGUUUGCUACAUCACAGAACUUAAUAUAGCUAAUGAAUUUUGGAUAUUGAGCAUUUACAGCAUUUAGCAUCUCUGGAGCUGAAUAUCUGAGGUCGUUCACGAGAACUGAUUUCUACUAUAGGUUAAUUGCCUGGUUUUUGUUUUCUUUUUUUUUUUUUUCUUCAAAUGA